AUGUCCAACGACGACCUCAAGGCGCACGCCGCCUCAAAUCAGGACUUCUAUGCCCUCCUCGAUGUACCCGCCGCAGCGAACGAAUCUGAAAUUCGACGCGCAUACCGUCGCACUGCUCUAAAAUACCACCCCGAUAAAAUCGCCAAUCCCACAGCAGCCGACAUCGACAAGUUCCACUUCCUCCAGAUCGCCUACGAUGUUCUCUCCGACCCCUCAGUUCGCCAGCUCUAUGACAAUGCGCGGGAAGCGCGGCUGCGCAAACAGCGUGAGCGCGACAUGAUGGGCGCUGCGAAGCGCAAGAUGCGGGAGGAUCUGGAAGCGCGGGAACGGGCUGGUGCCGCGGAAAUGAGUGGUGCGGGAGUCAAGCAGGGCGUGAAGAGGUCUUGGAUGGCUGGUGGGGAUGAUGAUGCGGAGGAGAAGCUUCAGCGGGAGAUCGAGCGGAUUGCUGAGGAUGGACGGCGGAGAAGGCGGGAGGCCGGGGACAAGAUUAAGAAGGAGUUGGAUGAUGAGCAGAGGAAGAUUCAAGAGGAGGAAGAGGAGGCGCGCAAGGCUGCUGACCGGAGUAGUCAGCGGGUUGAUCGGUCCAAGGAGGGAGGCGGUGCUGAGGUUCCUGAACUUGAGCGCGCUGUUAAGGUGCGUUGGGUGAGGGAGGGGCGUGGGCUUGAGGUUGAUAUUGAGAGGCUUGCAGGGCUUUUUGCGCCGUUCGGGAAGAUUGAGAAUACGUUUAUGCUAAAGGAUAAACGGCAGCGCAUUGGGGAGACGAAGGAGAAGAAGACUGUCGCGACAGGCGUGGUUGUCUUCUCUUCUAUUGUCAGUGCCCAUACUGCUGUACUUGAUAGCGAGAAGAAGCUUCGCCAGCAAACUGGCCGGGAUGGCGAAUGGGCUCUCAUCGAAUCUGUCUUCUGGGCCUCAGGCAGUCAGCCUGAUCUGGGAAUGGACUCGAAUGGGCAUACAGAUACUGCUAAUGCACCAUCCAAGCCCCAGUCGAGUGAUCCGGCGCCUACGCCUUCAGUGCCGCCCCCAAAUCCUUCCAACGGAUCUGCAAAACCAUCUUUCAGCUUCCCGGGCUUGAACUCAGCUCCUCCUUCUGGCAAGGCCCCGUCAUUUGGCUCAUUUGCCUCUGCAUCUGCCGCCGGUAUGCCCAAAGCCUCCUCAUUCAACCCAUCUGGAAAGUCUUCAAGCACGCCAAACAUGGAAGAAGUGACCCUAAUGCGAUUGAAGAACGCACAGCGAGAGAAGGAGCGCAAGGCACUCGAAGAACAACUAGCUCGCGAAGACGAAGCCGCAGAUGCAGAAGAAGCGGCCGCGAAGGCUACCUAA